AUGUCGUCCACUCAUGUCGGCUGCAGUCGGAGCUUGCCGAACGCAACCCCUGGUCUCAGUUACUGGCAGCGAACGACUCGGGGGUUUCCCUAUCUAUUCGAACAUCACCUUUCCCUCGUUCCUGAUGCUUCCAAAUAUGUCAUUAUCGGGUCGGGGAUUUCCGGUGGUCUUACCGCAUUCUCGCUACUGGAGGCAGGCGUGAAACCCGAAGACCUCAUCAUCAUUGAAGCGCGUGAGGCAGCGAGCGGGGCGAGUUCUCGGAACGCGGGCCAUGUCCGACCUGACGCCUUUCGAGGGUUCAGUGCAUAUUCAAAAGUUCACGGUUCAGAACAGGCUCUCAAGAUCAUUGCGAAUGAGCGCCUUGUGCUGCAAAAGGUCGACGAGUUUGUCAAGAAACACAACGUGCAGUGCGACUUCGAUUUAACGACGACCUUUGAUGUCUGCAUGACCGAGGAGUUCGCAGAGUAUGAAGCGGAGAGUCUCGAGGCGUAUAAACUCGCAGGGGGCGACGUCUCCCAUAUCAAAUUUUAUGAAGGAAGACAAGCCCAGGACCGGACAAAGGUUCAAGGGGCGGUCGCAGCAUACGAAUGGCCUGCUGGCUCCAGCCAUCCUGCUAAACUGGCACAUUUUCUUUUACAAUCCGUGAUCGAAAAGGGAGCAAAGCUGUUUACAAACUGCCAAGCCAAAGAGAUUAAACGGAACGGUGACAGGUGGGAUAUCUACACAAGCAAAGGCAUUGUCACAGCAGAGAAAAUCAUCCACUGCACGAACGCCCACGCUGCCCAGCUUCUUCCUCACUUGGAGCCCUAUUUCCGACCCAACCGUGCCCAGGCGCACACUCUAGUCCCGACACCAUCAUUCGCAGCCAAUAAUGCCCUCCAGAAUACCUUCUCCUUGCGCUACAGCCUCCACCAUUUCUACUCGUUGAUUCAGCGACAAGGAGAUGGAACCCUGGUUCUGGGAGUGUCUCGAUCAAACCCGACUUUGAGCGCCGAAACGUUGGCAGGCCGCUUCAGCACCGAUGACUCGCGAUACAGCGAGGAAAUAGCGGAAGAUGCGUUGCGUAGCUUUGGUCGACUGUUCCCUGACUUUCUUUCUGAGCCUGUUCGUCAUGGGGAGGGCCUGCAAGACGCUUGGACUGGCAUUAUUGCUAUGACUACCGACUCUGUGCCCUUUGUUGGAGAUCUCGGUGACGGUCAAUAUAUCUGUGCUGGUUUCAACGGUCAUGGCAUGGCGCGCGUAUUUACUUGCGCGCCCGGGGUUGCUAAGCUUGUUCUUGGAGGUAAUUGGAGUGAGACUGGUCUGCCUGAGUGCUUUGAGUUCAAUCAGGAGAGACUCGCGCGGUUAUCUCAGGAGCACCUUCCCUCCAUCUGGUAA